AUGAAGAUCCACCUCGCGUACACUGCUCCAAUCAACCCCGCGGACGCGCCAUUCAAGCUCACACGUGCGCAGGUCUGGGAGGGCCUGAAGAUCAAGGCCCGCGACCCCCUCCGCUUCGUGCCCAUCAUCGAGCGGUGCGAGAUCGUGGAGGAGCACGCGACGGGCCUCACGCGCAUCGCGCAGUUCAAACCCGGCACUGGCCCGCCGGGCAAGGUCACCGAGGUCAUCACCUUCGGGGACGACGUUCAUGUACGGUUUCGCCUCCCAGAUCUUCGUGCGCGGCCUCAGACUGACGUCUGGUUUACCCUGCAGGCAGAGUUCCAGAUGGUCGACGUCGGGACCGUCAUCUCGAACAUCGUCUCGGACGGGGACGGCGAAUCCGACCUCUAUCUGACGUUCAACUUUGCCUGGAACUUCCCUGAGGUCCAUCCAGGGUCUCCGGAGGAGAAGGCGAAGAGAGAACAAAUGAAGGGCUCUGCCAAGGAGGCGGUGGUCAUGUCGAUUAAGGAAGUCCGCGAGUUGGUGCAGAAGGGGGAAAUCAAGGCGUAA